GGAUCGGAUCAGCGCCCUCUCCAACGACAUGCUCCACAUGAUCCUCGGCCGACUGGGAUCCGCCCGCGACGCCAUGCGCACCACUGCCCUGUCCCGCCGGUGGCGCGGCCUCUUCCCUCGCCGCGAGAUCGUCUUCCGCGACGUCGCCUUCUCCUCGCUCGAGGCGGAGCUCGGCCGUAUCUGUGUCUGCCACCCCAGUACCAAAGUUUACCGCAUCAAGACCUGCGUCCACGGCGGGUGCAUCCCCGACGAGCGCGCGGUCCAGUCGCUUAUAAACGCCGCCAACCGGCUGACGCCGCAGCAGUACAGCCUCGUCCUCCCAUCCUCAGGCAUCUGCAAAGGCGCGAACCUUUUAGAUGGGUGCUUCCACAACCAGCAGCCGGGCUUCAUCCGCGCUACGUGCUAUGUUUAUCUUAGAUCCGGGUUAAUGCAUGGCAGCCAAAAUUGUCCGUCAACAUGAUUUUUCAGGCUCAUCGACGAGGUUAUCAUUUCCCAUGCCUGCCAACUAGUUCCAAAUAUGUUUU